AUGCCGGUGCUUGUCAAACUGACGCUCAAUCCAUCAAAGGGCAAAGCCGCGCCAUCGACCAAGAAGAUCUUCACGACCAGCGUUGCCUUUGCCUCGCUGCCAUCCUUCUCUGCGCAACUUCUCCAGAUCUAUCACUGGCCAUGGCCAGCCCGAUCCCCUAGCGCAAACUACAGGAUGUACAAGGAGGCUGUUGAUGCCCAGUAUGCGAGCGGGACUUUUGUCGAGAGCAACGACGAACACAUUGCCCUGAGCGACAAGAUUCCAUCGGAUCCCGACGCCGAUAAUUGGGACGACUUCAGCAAUGUUAUCUUCGACAAUUACGGCUCAGUCAAGGAGUUCCAUCAUUGCGUGGCGGCAAUCUUCGUCUCGCGAGCCAAACGCGCCUUCCGCGCCGGGAAGUCUUUUGCGGAAUUUCACGAUGAAGAGCUCGCCAUCGACACCGAUAGGGCGAGGGCCCUGGAAACCGAUCCCGGCCGUUGCCAACUUCACAUGGAGUUGAAUCUCUCCAACGACUUGCGCAUCGCCAUUCUCGCGCGCAUACAAGAGCGACUGUGCCAAGAGAUCUGGUUGCAGCCGUUCGACCCGUCUGCCGUGAGUGAGAUCAGGCAAGAUGCUCGGUGGGAGUCCGUAGCGGGCCGGAAAGCUCGUGGAGAGACGAAGGCGGAUGAGAAGGAGGAGAUGGAUGAGGAUAGAGAGGAGAGAUUGAUGCGACAGUAUGGCUUGUGGAGUGGAGUCGUCCGGCUGCAAAAAUAUGCCGAAGAAGUGAAGGCGUGGCUCGAAGACUGGAAGAACCACAAAGAUGAUGAUGAACGGCUGAUGCGCCGUUGCGAGUCUCUGCGGGUGACGGCGCAGAACAUGAGAUUCGCCGAGUAG